AUGAGCAUCCUCUGUGAAAGCUCAGUUUCAGUUUUUGCCUUCCAGGAUUGUCCAGGACGAAGUUGGAUCAUCCUGGGACGAUCGCUACCGGUUGUAGAGGAAAUUCUGGACAGAGAAGUUCGUCUGGACGAAGUGAGGUUCUGGGAAAGGGAACGAAGUUUUGGACUAGCCGUUCAGUUCAUGGCCUUUCUGUUCAGUUCUAUUCUUUCUGUCUGUAGUCAUGCACUGUACUAUAUGACUGAUAGGCAGAGUGCUAGUCAGGCUGCUCCUUUGAAUAGUUCUGCCCCUGCGGUUGGUUCUGAUACAGUUUCUCAGUUUGCUAUGUUGGUUGCUCAGAUGAUGAGCAAGACACAGAAUAGAGCCUCUACUGUCAGCUUUGAAUAUGUAGAUAGACAUCUACAGAUGUUUCUGAGAUUGAAGCCUCCGAGGUUUGAGGGCACUGUUGAGCCCCGAGCAACUGAGGAUUGGUUAAGAAGGUUGGAGAAGACAUUUGACGGUAUGCAGUGUCCUCCGGACAGAAAGGUACCGUUAGCCGUUUUUCUAUUGGAUGGUGAAGCUGAGCGCUGGUGGAUGGGCCAGCAGGAAGAAAAGUUCCAAGGUAAAUUGAACUCUCUGAUUACUUGGGAAGAAUUUUCUGAGGGGAGCAGGACGGUGAUGCAGUACGAGGCGGAGUUUACUGCUCUGGCACGAUAUGCUCCGCAGCUGGUGAAUACUUCUGCUGAGAAGUGCUAUAGAUUUCUGAGGGGACUACGAGAUAGUCUGAGGCAUCCCCUGUGGUGGACUGCUAGUAGGAAGAGGUUCGAUAGUGAUGUUUCUGGCAGUGGGUUUUCUGGAAAGAAGAAAUUUGUUUCUGGAGAUCCCAAGAGGAGCGGACAGUCAGGAUCCACUACAGUCUUUGGUAGUGGUAGUACUACUAGUUCUGGAUCAGUUAGUGGGGCACCUGUGUGCCAAACUUGUGGACGACGACAUUUUGGCCAGUACUACAGGGCGACUGGUCAGUGUUUCCGAUGUGGUCAGCCAGGACAUCGAAUUACAGAAUGUCCACAAGCUGGAUUUGAUCGACGAUCUGAGUCUAGAUCUGAUAGUUUUGUUAGACUAGCAUGA